AUGUAUCACAAUGAGCGCGAGGUAGGACAGGCCAUCAACCACUUUCUCGCAAGCCCGGCCAACAGCGAGGGGCUCAAGCGAGAAGACAUUCACUUUACCAGCAAGCUCGCGUCAAACACCUCGUACGACGCAGCCAGGCGGGCAAUUAAGCAGUCUCUUGAGGCAUGCGAUCUGGGUUAUAUCGAUCUGUUUCUGCUGCACAGCCCAUACGGUGGCAGGCAGGCACGGCUCGAUUGCUGGCGAGCUGUGGAGGACGCGAUUGCCGACGGCGACAUCAGGACUGGGGGUGUGAGCAACUACGGUGUCAAACACCUGCAGGAACUGCUUGACUCCAAGCCCCGUGUCCACCCCGCUGUGAACCAAAUCGAGGUGCACCCGUUCAACACGCGCACCGACAUCACGACGUUCUGCCAGCAAAACAACAUCGUGGUCGAGGCAUACGCGCCGCUGGCACGCGCACUCCGGAUGAAGCACCCCAUGGUAGUAUCGUUGUCAAAGAAAUACGCGUGCACGCCGGCGCAGCUGCUUGUACGCUGGAGCCUGCAACAUGGCUACGUGCCUUUGCCAAAGAGCGUCAAGAAGGAGCGCAUCGUCGAGAAUGCCAAGGUCGAGAAGUUCGAGAUCGGAGGGGAAGACAUGGAGAAGCUGGACGGCCUGGACGAGUACCUGGUGACUGGUGAGUGA